UUUAGCACAUUUUUCUCUAAGCUUCUAGGAUCUGAGAAAAAAAUGGCUCAGUAUUACAACCUAACCUUCGUCUUCCUGCUCACAUUUCUCUGCUUUAUGCAUGAGCACAUAAUAACCACUGCAAAUGCGCGUCACCUUCUAGAGAUGUUUCUCACUGAAAUUCCUAAACGAGAAUUCCCGAAAGCUCCAACCUUGCAAAAGCCUGAGUUUCCAAGUGUGUCAAAGCCCGAGCUUCCAUCUUGGAAAAUGCCUGAGGUCCCAGCUGUGCCAAAGCCCAAGCUUCCAUCUUGGCCAAAGCCUGAGGUUCCAGUGGCACCAAAGCCCGAGCUUCCAUCGUGGCCAAAGCCUGAGGUCCCAGCUGCGAAGCCCGAGCUUCCAUCUUGGCCAAAGCCUCAGGUCCCAGCUGCGCCGAAGCCCGAGCUUCCAUCUUGGCCAAAGCCUCAGGUCCCAGCUGCACCGAAGCCAGAGUUUCCAUCUUGGCCAAAGCCUGAGGUUCCAGCUGUUUCGAAGCCCGAGCUUCCAUCUUGGAAAAAGCCUGAGGUCCCAGCUGCACCAAAGCCUGAGGUCCCAGCUGCGCCAAAGCCCGAGUUUCCAUCUUGGCCAAAGCCUGAGGUCCCAGCUGCGCCGAAGCCCGAGUUUCCAUCUUGGCCAAAGCCUGAGGUCCCAGCUGCGCCGAAGCCGGAGUUUCCAUCUUGGCCAAAGCCAGAGGUCCCAGCUGCACCAAAACCAGAAUUUCCAUCUUGGCCAAAGCCUCAGGUCCCAGCUGCACCGAAGCCCGAGUUUCCAUCAUGGCCAAAGCCUGAAGUCCCAGCUGCGCCGAAGCCCCAGCUUCCAUCUUGGCCAAAGCCAGAGGUCCCAGCUGCGUCGAAGCCCGCAUUUCCAUCUUGGCCAAAGCCUCAGGUCCCAACUGCGCCGAAGCCCGAGAUUCCAUCUUGGCCAAAGCCUCAGGUCCCAGCUACGCCGAAUCCCGAGUUUCCAUCUUGGCCCAAGCCUGAAGUCCCAGCUGUGCCGAAGUCUGAGUUUCCAUCUUGGCCCAAGCCCUCGCUUUCUCCAUCACACAAAUCCUCUACUCCUUGAGUAACUAUGGUUUCCUUCGUGUGCCAUGACACACAUAUUUUAUUAGCAGAAUAAUUCAUUUGUAGUAUUUGAUCUCGAAUGUACCUUGUUUCACGAGUUAUUAAGUCAUACAUAUAUGUAUUUCUUAUAUGGUGUAUUAAAGCUAUAAUCAAUGUGACAUUCGGGAGUUACUUUGAUGUAUAAGUACUUGUCGUUAGCCAUUUUAGAUUUUGCUCAAUCGU